CAUUGUUUUCUCUCUCUCUCUCUUCCUUCUUAGGAAAAACAGACUUUGGUUAUGCUCUUAGCUGUACAAAAAAAUAGCCAUAGUUACCAAACCUUGAAAGAUCUGCAACUCCUUCUUUCUCUCUCUGUCUCUUUCUCUCUCUCGGUGUCUACUGCGCUUUAUUUAUUCGAAGAAAUUAAGUCUUAAGUUCUGGAUCUCUAUCAUCACCAGCUCAAAAUAAGCACCCUAAAUUCAACCAACUUUCUUCCUUCUGCUCCAACCGAUUCAGGAAACUGGAAUGGCGAAUCGAGUAAAGGAAGAGGAGAAAAACGAGCGAAUAAUUCGGGGACUCCUUAAACUAACUGAUAAUCGCAGAUGUAUUAAUUGUAACAGUCUGGGACCACAAUAUGUUUGCACAAAUUUCUGGACAUUUGUUUGCACCACUUGCAGUGGAAUACAUCGGGAGUUCACGCACAGAGUCAAAUCAAUAUCAAUGGCUAAAUUUACUUCACAAGAAGUUAGUGCUCUUCAGGAAGGGGGGAAUCAGCGUGCAAAAGAAAUUUACUUUAAAGAAUGGGAUCCACAACGCCAAUCUGCUCCCGAUGGCAGUAAUGUUGAGAGACUUCGAGAUUUCAUCAAGCAUGUUUAUGUGGAUAGAAGAUACAGUGGUGAGAGGAAUUAUGACAAGCCUCCGAGGGCAAAGAUGGGUGAUAAGGAAGACUUCUACGAGAAAGGGAGAUCCCGAAGCCCACCAUAUGAAGAUACAUUUGAGCGUCGCUACGGUGACAGGUCUAGUCCUGGUGGAAGAAGUGAUGAUAGGAAUUCUAGAUAUGGUUAUGAUGAAAGAAGAAGUCCUGGAUAUGAACAAGAAAGUCGACAGUAUGGUGAUUAUAGGAGAAGUAGUCCUGCUCGUCCAGAGAUUGUCAAUGAUUGGCGUAGAGAUGAUAGGUUUGGAAAUGGCCGGAAAGGAUCCGAUGGAGAUUCAAAGCUGGAAGGCAGGUCACCUGAGCGAACUAAAGAUCUGGAGUCAUCUAGCCCCCCUAUAGUUCGUCCUGUUAGGGAAAUUUUAGGAGAAAAUGUUUUGCCUCUUCGUAUAAGUGAACCUCCUAAAGCCAACGGUGGCAGGGCUGCCGAUGGCUCUACACAUACACAGAGAACUGCAUCUUCUAGCAGCUUGGGAUCUGCCAAUGAGAAUCCAGCUGAAGUCAAAUUGGAGAGUACUGGAAGCUUAAUUGAUUUUGAUGCUGAUCCUGAACCUCCUACUACUGCCACAGCUACACAAGCACAACAGAGUAUUCAACCUCAACAUGUUGCACAGCCAGCAAGUCAUACCAAUGACAACAAUUGGGCCUCUUUUGAUUUUGCCCCCGAGACAAAAGAAUCUCAAGCUCCAAAUUUGAAUACGCUGGAAUCUGUCUUUUCUCUGGAAGUAUCUGCAAUACCCAGUAGUGCAAGUGCUCCAAUAACUGCAUCUGUGGCUCAUGCUGGUGUAUUACCAGUUGGUAGUAACUCACCUGUUGCACCUGUGGGGCAAACACCAAUUUCUCCCUUUAGUACAGUUGCCCCUGCAGCUGCACCGGCUAGUGGAUUUGCUACAUUUCCCCCACCUAAUGCUUUGGCAGCUGCCCCAGGAACAACGCCAGUAUUGCCUGGGAAUGUUGGUAAUUCCUUUAGCGUGCAGCAUCAACAACAUUCUUUAUUUUCUACUACUGUUAGUCAAAAUGUUGCACCACAACUUACAGCACCAGUUCAUGGAGCUUCAAGCAAUCAGCCAUGGAAUUUGUCUCAUGCUCAGAAUUCACAAGGGCCUUUGAAUGCACCAGCUAUGCAAGCUCCUCAAUUUGUCCCAAAUUCUGCAGAGUUCAAUUCCGGGAGUGUCUCACAACCUUCACCUGCGGAAGUAAAGUCAACUGGAAGGAAAGAACUGCCUGAGGAUCUGUUUGCUUCAACUUAUUCACCCUUUCAAGCAGUUCCGGGGUGGCAAACUGGUCCGCCUCGUGCCUUGGGGUUCUCAAUGCAAUAUAAUACUGCAGUGCCCAUGCCAACUUUUGUGCAGUCAAAGUCGACAAACCCAUUUGAUGUCAACAGUGAAUCACCACCAGUUCAAGCCCAAAUGUUUCCUUCCAUGGUGUCCUUACAAGGUGCUUUGCCAAAUAUGUCACAUCCUCCUGGCUUAUUGCGCACUUCCAGCUUAGGUACCCCGUCACCAGCUUGGAUGCCAUCCCCCCAGUCAUCACCUCAUCCAUUGGCCAUGCCUUCCCAAGCACCAACAUAUGGAGCUGCGAUGCCUUCCCAUAUACCUACAUAUGCAUCAGCAAUGCCUUCCCAGACACCAGCUUAUGCAACAGCAAUGCCUUCCCAUGCACCUACAUAUGUAUCAGCAAUGCCUUCUCAUGCACCUACGUAUGCAUCAGCAAUGCCUCCAAGGGCGUAUAUGGGACCACAAGUACCCAGUAAUAUCCCACUUUCCAGGCAGCAAGGAGUUGGGGGAUUUGGGAGUGAGGUGGCUGGUUUCGGCCUUAUGAAUCCAGAUCAACCGCCUGCAGGUAGAUACUCAGCUCCUGCUACCCAACAACCCUUCUCGUCGACUGGGGGGAACCCAUUUGGAUAAUUACAAAGAACAAAAUACUUGUAACACUAUUUUAGUUUAAGCAUCAUCUUGUUGCUACCUGUCAAAUUGCUGGGCGGAAAGUUUUGGUUCCUUCACUGUAGUUAGAUGAUCCAACCCAAUGAAAAAUUUGUCAAGUUCAACCCAGUAGUAAGGGCUAAAUGUCCACAUUCACCAUGGGAAAUAGAUUGAUGAUGUCAGAAAGAAGGCAUGGAGAGGAAGAGAGUUAAUUUAAUAGGGGAGCAGAAACCUCCAUUGGGGAUUAAGGUUAUUUUUUUCAUGCAGUAUGUUGUCUAUCUGGUAUUUUGAUGUUCCAUUGAGUGAUCUGUGUGCUGCCUGUUGCCCCUAGAAAAAUUGUAUAAUUUCUUAUUUUUGUUGUCUUGUAUUAUUUUGCCAGCUGUUCAUUAUUGUGGCGAGUUAUUUGAGUCUGUGAAAAGUCUAUAGUUCAAUUGUUACAGUUGAGUACAGUUCGAAUGGUAAUAUUAUUGAAGAUUGAGGAUGAGUUUUCAGAUGCCUUUC